AUGACGGGCAUCAUCGAUCUCGCGACCCUCGCGCCCACCGAGACCGUCAUCAAGCUGCCGCACCCAUACCUCGCCGAGUACACCGUCAAGCGCACCGAGGACCAGCUCUUUCAGCUGCUUCUGAAGGAAGGCUCCUCGGUCCAGCCACUUCCAUUCGAGCUGCACUUGUCCCGGCUGCGCUUCUCUGCGCCUACCGACCUCAAAUCCAGUGAGCUCCCUGCGUCUGCCAACAACAGUCCCUGGGCACGCGUUCGACGCUCUCCGUUCUCAAAUGUCAGCUGGGAUGGUACGAGUAGUGCGCCUACUCUAGCGCAGGCCUGGCUGCUUCUUUAUGUUUUCUUUACCGUGAGGCCCGGAAUGGAAAUGAUUCGACUGCAGCUCAGUGGCAAUGGCGCCGAUGUGCUUUCAAAGCAGUUGCAGGAUGUCCUCCUCGGCAUUGAGCACCCAAAGUCUGCCAAAGGCUACGCUGCGCCCGAGAUUGCCAAUACAGAGACGAGCAGCACUGUUGUUGUUUUGCGCAGCACCUUUUGGCAGGGUGCUGGAUCGCCAUUCGGCCCUCGUCCCAUUUGGUGCCCUGCAGAGUCGCCCUCAUCGUUGCCAGCCUCGAACCCUCUUUCAUCGUAUCCCCUCACGCCCCUGCAGCAUACUAUCAGCGUCGCCUCAGCUGGCGACAUCCAGGACCCGGGUCGCUACCAACAAUCGUGGCACCCAAUCCGACCUGCCAAGCCUGCACCGGGUGCAGUGAUUUACAGUCGCUGGAUUCCUCACCUCAAAGAGACUUUCUCCAUGGUUUCGCUCGAUUAUACCGAUUCUGAACACCUGCGACUGUUUCAUGAGUGGCAGAACGACCCACGUGUUUCGCAGGGAUGGAACGAGACGGGCACGCUGGAGCAGCAUCGCGAGUACCUACGCAACAUUCACGAAGAUCCCCAUCAAGUUGCUUUGUUGGCCAAGUGGGAUGAUGCUUACUUUGCCUACUUCGAGGUGUACUGGGCUAAGGAGGACCGCCUUGGAGGCUACUACGACGCCGAAGACUUUGAUCGUGGUCGUCACUCUCUCGUAGGCGACAUCCGCUUUCGGGGACCUCAUCGUGUUACGGCAUGGUGGAGUAGUCUGAUGCACUACCUCUUCCUUGAUGAUCCGCGUACCAUGUGGGUGGUUGGAGAGCCCAAGGACUCCAAUUCCACCGUCGUCAUGUACGACCUCAUUCACGGUUUUGGGCUUGACAAGUUUGUGGACUUGCCGCACAAGCGCAGCGCCUUCGUGCGCUGCCCUCGCGGUCGCUUCUUCCAACUCUGCCCGUUGGGAGAGCAGGAGAAAGCUGUUGGUGGCAUGAGGAUUGGUCUUGUGCCGAAACUGUAG